UGAUUUGUGUCACCAGCGGAAGUGAUCGUGUUGUGUUUGUGAGGCUAAAACGCGCCGAGAAUCAGAUCAGAUUUGUCUGUACCUCAUAUUUACCUGAAUAUAGAUCCAAAGACCCCAACGACCUCAGUCAGCUGUUAGCUGUUAGCUUAGCUCUUAUCUAACUCUGUGAAGCUCUGAUGCGGGAGCAGCGCUAGCCGUUAGCACGUGUUGUUGUUGUUUAUUUGUUGUUUGUUUGUUGUUGUGAUGGCGGCUGGAGCCUGCUCCACUAACACUAGUGUUGGAGAUGUUGAAGAAGACGCGUCACAGCUGCUGUUUCCCAAAGAGUUUGAGAGCUCGGAGACGCUCCUGAACUCGGAGGUGCACAUGCUGCUGGAACACAGGAAGCAGCAGAACGAGAGCGCGGAGGACGAGCAGGAGCUCUCUGAAGUGUUCAUGAAGACUCUGAACUACACGGCUAGAUUCAGCCGGUUCAAGAACAGAGAGACCAUCACUGCUGUGCGCAGCCUCCUGCUGCAGAAGAAGCUGCACAAGUUCGAGUUGGCCAGUUUAGCUAAUCUCUGCCCUGAAGCUGCAGAGGAGGGGAAGGCCCUGAUCCCCAGUCUGGAGGGCCGGUUUGAGGACGAGGAGCUGCAGCAGAUUCUGGACGACAUUCAGACCAAGAGGAGCUUCCAGUACUGACCCAACAACCCCAACAAGCCCCGCCUUUUUAUUAUUGUUGUUGUUGUUGUAGCCCAGGACGACGGGAGUGGUCGGUCCGUGUCAUGUGAUCUGAUGACAUCACACAGGAGUCUCAAUAAACUUUAUUUUCUCUUUUUUCA